CAGGCAACAGUCUGUCCAGAGCGACGAAGGUAAACGCGGACGCUUUGGCCAUCGAUUCACGACCGAUAGAUGAACACGAUCACGUGGACGUUUAUUACAAAGUACAGCUUCAUUUAAAGACGCGAUGACCCGAUUCCACUAGUUCAGUGCGUGUCGAGGACGCAUCCACCGGUUGCGCGCAGAGACGCAGCGGCCGAGAGCGCGGCAGACAGCGGGAGGAGAGUGCGCACGCACGGGCACGCACGAGCGCGGUUACCCCCCUUUAAACAUGGCUGAUGGUCGGGCGCAGGGCGCUGCCGCGAUCUCCAGAAACGCGCCCGAUGCUGCCCACUGAAGAGGAUCAAGCGCGUGAUGGUGAUGAGAAGCGCCUCUCCACGAUAAUGACCAACUUCAUCCACGAUUCAAAAGCGGGUCCGUCCUCGGUGCGGAAGAUGGACGUGAUCAUCCCGUACACGUCCGACGUGCCCUGCGACACGAACGGGCAGCGCAUGUGGUGGGCAUUCCUCGCCUCCUCCAUGGUGACUUUCUUCGGGGGUCUUUUCAUCAUUCUGCUGUGGAGAACUCUCAAGUACCUGUGGAGGGUGUGCUGUCACUGCAGGGGUAAACGGAAGGACGUGCAGCGAGUGUGUAAUCCAGCCGUCAUCGGUGAUGGUGGGAUUAAAGGAGGAGGGGAUGCGGUGGUGGCGCCCAGCGAGGUGGGCUGGAUGACCUCGGUGAAGGACUGGGCGGGGGUCAUGAUCUCUGCUCAGACGCUCACUGGACGCGUGCUGGUGGUGCUUGUGUUUGCUCUGAGCAUCGGCGCUCUCGUCAUUUACUUCAUUGACUCUUCUGACCCUAUUGAGUCCUGUCAUGAUUUCGAAAAGAACUACACGUUACAGAUCGACAUGGCCUUCAACGUCUUCUUCCUGUUGUACUUCGGACUGCGUUUCAUCGCAGCCAAUGAUAAGCUGUGGUUUUGGUUGGAGGUGAACUCUGUGGUGGAUUUCUUCACCGUUCCUCCCGUGUUUGUGUCCGUGUAUCUGAACAGGAGCUGGCUGGGCUUGAGGUUUUUACGGGCGCUCAGACUGAUCCAGUUCUCAGAAAUUUUGCAGUUUUUAAAUUUAUUAAAAACAAGCUUUGGACCGGAGACGGUGAAUCGUAAAACACGGAACCGGAUGAUGUCUCCUGAUCCAGAAGAUCAGUUCUAG